AUGCCAGAGGACUCUCAGUUACCGCCAUAUAAAGUUGUUGUACUAGGCGAAUCUUCUGUAGGCAAAACGUCAUUGGUACAUAGGUUUACCCUUGAUAAGUAUGAUGCGCAUACAUCCAACACUAUUGGCGCAGCAUAUAUAACAAAGAUCUUUUCCUCGCGACGUCAACCAGAACGCAAGAUACGGCUUGAGAUAUGGGAUACUGCAGGUCAAGAACGGUAUCGGUCGCUAACGCCCAUGUAUUACCGGAACGCCAACGCCGCACUAGUAUGCUUCGACUUGAACAAUUUUGAGCAUAGCUUCAAAACGGCAAAGUAUUGGAUAGAGCAACUUGAACUAAACAACGCUUUUGCAGCAAGCAACAAAAUUGAUAUACGAUUUGUAGGAACAAAAGCAGAUCUAGCAACAACACAAAAUCUGCCUUCUCAAGAGGAAGAAAUUAAUCAAUACAUUAAAGAACAGAAAGGUAUCAGGUCAUUUAAUAAAACAAGUUCCAAAGAGAAUAGCGGUGUUUUGGAAUUGUUUGAGGAAAUCGUCGACGAUAUAGAUGAAGCUUACAUUGAAAAGUAUUACAGUGAGCUAAAGGAUUCUCAAAAAGCAGGUGUAGUAAUGAAUACCAGGCGGACCUCAUCAACGUGCUGUUGA